AUGUCUUCGUCUGGACAGCACCCUCACGGGCACUACCAUCACACCCACAAUAACCAUAUACCCCCCCACCACCUCCAGGCACAGCAACACCAGCAACAACUCCUCCACAGAAACAACGCGCCAAACAACAGCUCCUCCCCCGCCAUGCCAUUCCUGCCAACGGCACCGUCGGCGCCAUCCUCGUCCUCCUCGUCGCCUGCUGCAGCGGGAGAAGAUAUCGAGCGACCCCAGAAACGCCAGAGGACUUCGGCAUCGUCGAAUCUUUCGCUAACCCCUAGAUUACCCCCUCCCGUUAAUGUUGCUCCUCCUCCGCCGCCGCUCUCGCUGCACAGUAGGGUUAAGGAGCAGCAGCCUCAACAGCUGACUCUUCAACAGCAGCAGCAGCAACAACAACAACCCCCACCACCGGCGGCUAGUAGUUCGAGCGUACCAUUCAUGAGGGUUCAAGAACAGGGCUCAUCAGAAACAUUUGCCCUACCGUUAGCAGCGGUGCAAAAUUGGGAUACAUUAGUGACCCUCCUCCGAGACCUGUUCUCUAAACCCCCGCAUAGCACGCCAAAACUCAAAACGCACCGCGGCGACACAAUCAUAAAACCGUUAAUAAAACAUUUCUUGAAAGACAACGUUCACUUGAUCGUCACGUUUGACGACACCCCAACGCCUCCGAACUCCCAAAGCUCGGUGGCGAACGGCCUCGGCGGGUUCAACGGCAUCAAUGGGAACAGCAAUGGAGCCCCCCCAACCCUCAACACGGCAAGCUCAAACAUGAGCAACCACAGCCCAACCUUCAGCAGCCUAAACCCAAACAGCCAGAACCCGCCGACACCUUACAGUCCCCCAAUCCACCACCAUCACCACCACCACCACAAUCAAUCCUCCUCAACCUCAAACGCAAGCAACGCCAGCGAGUCACCACUGCAGGCCAUCGCGGCCCUCUCCUUCCCCCCACAACAACAAUCCUCCCAACCCCAACAACCCCAGCCCUCACAAUCCCAAUCCCAACCGCAACCGCAGCCCUCCCAAUCUCAAUCCCAACAGCAACAACAACCCCAGCCCCCACAACUAACCACAUCCACCUCCAAUACCUCCACCACAUCCCUCCCGCCCGGCGCCGGCGGCGGCUCCAUCCCGGUGUACAAGAUGUCUCGGACACUCUCCACCGUCGCGGGCCUCUGGCAGGAAUGGGGAACGGGCAUCAAUGGCUCACCCUCGGUCGAGUCGCUGGAGACCAGGUACGGACCCAAGUGGCGCACCAGCCAGGCAGAGCGCAAGUUUUAUUCCAGGCGGAAGGUCAUCAUCGAAGAGAUCACGAAGCGCAUCGCAGCCGGCAUGGAUGCGUGUAGGGCCGUGGAUGAGGUGGAAGCCAUGCGCGGCGCAAAGAGUCUGGAUGGGCUGAGUAAGAUGAUCGUCGAGAGGAGGAAGGGAGGGAAGAGGAGGAGUGGUGUUGGUGGGGGGCCGGGAGGUGGGGGUGGGGGUGGGAAUAGUCAGGGUCAGGAGGAGGACGGGGACGAGGAUGAUGGCGGUUGGUAGCUAGUUUUUCUCUCUUUUUCUUUUCUUUUCUUUCGGGGAUUUAUACAUUUCUUACUUUUGCGCUUUACUUUACUACUUUGGCUGGAUGGAUGUGUGUUAUCACUCCUCUCUCCUCUCCUUCUCUUCACCUCCGUUUACAUAACCAUACAUCCCCCUCACCCUCCGAUCAUAUACCCAACCGACCAACAAAACAUCACAACCGCAAGGACAAUCUCCACCUUCCCGAAUCGGGGGGCGGGUAGCGGGAGGACGGGAAAGUCUUUUUUCCUCCUAGCAAAUCUAAAUCCAUUCUCCUUCAGCGUGCGUUCCUUCUCGACUCGGGGGCCCCCUUCAUACUAAAUUUCUUUGUUUCUUUUCGUUUACACGACUACACUUCCAUUUUUUCUUUUCCAUUUUUUUCCCCUUUGUUUCCUUCAUUUCUCUUGCAUGCGCGUUGGCCCACCUCGAUUUCUAUCCUUCCUAUUUCUUCCUUCCCACUUUCUUUUUCGCUUUGGUUCGGAUAUGCGGUUUUAUGGGCGGACGGAUUGCAGCAGGGCAGGAUUGUUGUGUAGCCUUCAACGAAUUUG